AUGGAUAAGCGCCAGUUGGUGGAGUUGGGGGGAGAGAGAGGAUGUUUAGGUGGUGGGUGUCAAGUCUCCAGAUUCUACAUUUUUAGCACGGCUGUGGCUGGCGAUCUGUCUCAAACAAUAAAUGAUUUGUUUUUCAAGCCUAAUUUGGCUAGUGGCUUGCAAAAUGAUGAGGUUGAAAAGCAGAAAUCCAUCACUUCUGUAGAUGAUUUGCCCCCAAUUGUGCUAGUUCAUGGCAUCUUUGGCUUUGGGAAAGGGAAAUUAGGAGGCCUGUCUUAUUUUGCUGGAGCUGAGAAGAAAGAUGAGAGGGUGCUUGUCCCUGAUUUAGGCUCAUUAACUAGCAUAUAUGACAGGGCUAGAGAAUUGUUCUAUUACCUUAAAGGAGGGCAAGUUGAUUAUGGUGAGGAACAUAGCAAGGCUUGUGGGCACACUCAGUUUGGUAGAGUUUAUGAGAAAGGGAAUUACCCUGAAUGGGAUGAGGAUCACCCCAUUCACUUUGUGGGGCAUUCGGCCGGUGGGCAAGUUGUUCGAGUCUUGCAGCAAAUGCUUGCUGAUAAGGCAUUUAAGGGAUAUGAAAACACUUCUCCAAACUGGGUUCUGAGCAUAACGUCCUUGUCUGGAGCAUUCAAUGGCACAACCAGAGCCUAUAUGGAUGGAAUUCAGCCAGAAGAUGGGAAGUCACUGAAGCCUGUCUGCCUGCUGCAGCUGUGCCGGAUAGGAGUGAUUCUCUACGACUGGUUUGACAUCCCAUGGCUGAAGAACUACUAUAAUUUUGGGUUUGAUCAUUACAACAUGUCUUGGAAGCAGAUAGGUAUUUGGGGUCUUGUCAAUUGCCUCAUGGGGAAGACCGGCCCUUUUGCAUCCGGAGACUGGAUUCUUCCCGAUCUCACAAUCCAAGGGUCGAUCAGAUUGAACAGCAAUAUUCAGACGUUCCCUGACACAUACUACUUCAGCUACGCCACCAAACAGACAACGAAAGUCAUGGGCAUCACAGUCCCAUCUGGCCUUCUUAGAAUACACGCUCUACUAUUUAUCCGAGUUUUGCAGAUGUGUGUGUGGCGUCACCCUCCUGAUGUCCCCCCUCCUUACAAGGGAUACCGAGACGAAGAGUGGUGGGACAAUGAUGGAGCGCUCAACACCAUAUCCAUGACACACCCUCGUCUCCCAGUUGAGCAUCCUAAUCACCUUGUGGUAAAAGAUUCAGAAUGCCAGCUUUUACAACCAGGCAUAUGGUAUUACAAGAUUGUGGAAGGUGAUCACAUCCUCUUCAUUAUUAACCGGGAGAGGGCCAGGCUUCAGUUUGAUUUGAUGUACGACAGCAUUUUUGAACGAUGCAGGAAGCACGCAUUCAGGAAGAAGCCAACAAUGCCAAAUCAACUAAGUCAAUAGCAUAUGAAAGAAGAGAAUUGGUAGAGAUUUGAUACUAUAUUUUUUAAUCUCUUAUUUUUCUUUCUUUCUCUAGUGUAGCUGGGCUGGGAAAGCAAGUAUAGUGCAGAGAUGUUUGCUUGCCACAUUAGCAGAAAUUCUAUCUUUACCAUUGUACUACCUAUACAGCCAUUUUUUUUUCUAACAAUAUUGUUUCUUAGAGGAUGUAACAGUAUUGUUGAAAUAUUGUAUCUAACUACAUCUGUUGGUCUCAAA